AUGUCAUCGCGACGCGAACUUGGCUUCAAUUGCACAGACUCCAGGAGCUAUGCGGCGUGGGACGAAAACACGACGUUUGCAAAGCACCUGUACGCGCUCGCCGCCGGUCAGAUCGCAUCGCUCAAAAGCCUGGAUGACGCAUCAAAGCCAGCGGUGCUGCUGGACCUCGGCACUUGCGACGGCCGCAGCACGGCGCCGUGCUUCAGGGAGUGCGCGAGGCACAUUCGCGAGCGUGACGCGGGUGCGCACCCACCUCGGCCGCAGCGACCAGUGGUCGCCAUUUUCGAAGAUCACCGCCACAACGAGUGGAGCCCACUCCUCACGCGCGAUCUCAAGCACGAGCUCGGCGAAGGCGUGUUCCCGCUCGUGAGCAACACGAGCUUCUACGAGGAGGUAACGGCGCCCGGCUCGGUCGACCUGGCCUUCUCGAACUGCGCGAUGCACUUCCUGGCGAGCAGCGAGCCUCCCGGAACCUUCCAGAAGGCGCUGCGACACGUGACCGCGGACGCGAGCCUAGCAGAGGACGCCGCCGCCAUCGCGGCCUUUCGUGCGACCGCUGCUGCGGACUGGCAGAGGCUGCUGCUUUGCCGCGCAGCAGAGCUCAAGCCCGGCGGCCGACUGGUCGUCUCCAGUUUCGCAGUCGACGAGCGCACGGGCUUUCACUGGGGGCACGGCGGCACCGGGGCCUCGAUAUACCAUGUGCUGGCCGAGUGCGUGCAGGGUCUCGUGCGCGACGGCUUGCUCACCUCCGCGGAGCAGCGGCGAGCCACCUCGCCCGCCUACUACCGAUCCCUCGCGGAGUUCACUGCUCCGCUAGACGACCCGAACUCGGCGGUGUCCAGGGCGGGCCUGGUGCUGGCCUCGGCGGAGGUGCGGCACUUUGCGUGCCCGCUCCGCGCCGAGCUUGUCGCCCAGCGCGCGGCGGCGGCUCCGGUGGACGCGGCUGCGUACGCUCAGACCUUUGUCGAAAUGCUGCGCUGCGUGACAAGUUGGGAGGUGGUCCGCGCCUUUGGCAGCGGCAGCGGCGAUGAGGCGCGCCCGGCCGACGAGCGGCAGCGCCUGGUCGACCGCGUGUACGCGGACUUUGCCGCGCGCGUGGAGGCGCGUCCCGACGACUUCUCCUUCGACUUCGUGUUGUGCCACAUGGUCAUUGAGAAGUCCUGA